ACAUUUCAUGGCUGACAUGAUAUCGAUAUUAUUCUUAAUAUCGAUGCCAUCAAAGAUUGUAUCAAUGAAUCAUUGAUUGUAUAAAAGAUCGUUCAUAAUCUUUGAUUAUAAUGCAAACUUGGAUGCAAACAUUCCAUCUUUUAAAAAUAGGAUCUUUUGAAUAUCAACAGAAAGAUUGAAGACUGCCAACAACUUCUGUCGUCUCAUCAGGCCUCAAGACAACAUGACUUCAGCUUACGGCCAAGUACCUGUAAAGUCAGCUCUUUUCCAUAGAGGAGUAGGCACGUGGCACUAGCUCUUACAUGUAGAAGGAAACCGUAGGUGUCUACCAUAUCUUAGACUCAAAGGAAUGCUUGUUUUAUGACAAGCUGAAUGAUACAAAGGCAAUAACAUUCUGGUAGGGUGUGUGAUCCUGGUGAAGCUAAAGGAAUGGAUCCUGAUGGGGCAAACGGUGGUCACAACUCUCAGUCUGCACUUGAAAUAUCAACAGGAGGAAUUAAAGUCCCAAGUCAGAUGUCCUACAAGUCGGGAGAGCAUAACAUUUCAAUGCCUCUGUCCAGUGAACUGUGUUCUGAGCAGAAAAGUGCUAAUGAGAUCAAACUUGAAACUGAAUCAAGCGGUAGAAUUAUGUCUGAUGUGUAUACAAAUACUGGGAUUGGAUGCCAGGCAGACGUUUCCCAUGUAACAUCGGAGAAUAGUGAUAAUUGGGAACCUGCUGCUGGUUUGAACAUUAAUGAUAACAUUGAUCAGCAAUCCAGAAAUGAGACUUCACAUGGGACAUGUGCUAUAAAAUGUAGUGAAUCGUUUACUGAUGAGAGUAUGACGGAUAGUGUGGACAUUGGUGAUGCUGUUCACUCGAGCUCAAAGUGGGGUGCUACUGAAUCGUUACAUCUAGAGCUGCAGCAUGCUGAAACUGCACCUUCAACUUCCCCUCAGUUAUCCAGCAGUAAGAAUCAUGCUGAUUGCUUGACUGACACAGCUGUACCAACGAGGGCUUUAUCAGAGUCAAUUGUAGGACAAGAACUCCCACAUCAAACCAUGAGCAAAGACAGUAAUGGAUGUGGUGCUGGUGGCUCUUCCAAGCCAUCUGUUUCCCUAGACUUGAUACAUUUAGAUGACUGCCAGGUUCAUGUUGAAGCUACAAGUGAAAUGGUUGAGAACAGAACCCAACCCCUGGCUAAUGCUGUAAAUAGCGCAUGCCUUACGGAAGACAUGGAAACUGAAGGAGAAACCGCAGCACAGAGGCAACAAAGAAGAAAAACAGGGAGUAGAAGGGACAAAACACGCCAUGUCCUUCCGGCUUGUAACUGUUCAUUGUUGCGGUGUAGUGAGCAAAUUACAGAGGAGGGAAGGCAAACUAUAAAUUCUACUUUCUGGCAGCUUAAAGGUUUGAAUAAACGGAGACAGUGGAUGUUGGACCACAUGAAAUGGCAUCUCACCACGGUCAGUAGCAGGAAAUGGUUAGGGAAGAAAAGGAAGAGUAGAACUUUUUUCCUUCCAGAUGUUCAUGGCAAGCUUGUGAGAGUGUGUAAAGAUUUUUUCAUCAGGACUUUAGGAUUUGACUGUGUUAAGGAUUUAUCUGAUUUCCGUCCAUUUUUUAUGAGAAUGGCACCGACAGACCAAUGUUGUCGUUCUCAUCACAAAAUGACAGUAGCUGUUCUCCUCUCAGUCAAGAGGCACAUUCAGUCCAAGCUUGAGGAAUCAAAGUUCAAGAAGCAGUUUAAUUCAAUAAAGGCAAAGGGAAGGGGCUGUGGCUUUGUUCAGAUGUGCUACAAAGAUUUCCAAGUGUACCACAAUGAUCAGAGUGUCGGAUACCAGUCAUACCAGAAUAUCUUUUUAAGGCAUUGUAACACGUUUUCAAAAGCAGACAGAUCGAAAUGCCUUUCUGACUUACAGAUGUUGAAAGAGGUUUAUGCUGAAUGUGGAGAUAAGCUUGAAGGUCCAGGUCUGAACUCUUGUGGAGAAUUUGCUCAUGGGGACAAUUUAAGUCAUGGACCUGAACAUGAAGUAUGUGGAGAUGUGUCUUCAGGUCAGCAGAAAAACUUUACGCAGCGACAAAACGAAGGCAGUGGUGGGCAUGGCUCUGUUGUAAUGCAGCUGGAUAGUGAAAGUGAUGCUAUUAUCAUCACAAGAAAUGUCAGCGACAGUGAAAGUGAAACUGAAGCUCAAGGACAUGAUCACAGAAAGCAUUUUCGUAGAAAUGAAAAGUUAAAUUUACGGUCAAAUGAAAAUGAAGUCAAAGCAACUUUUAGUCCUUCUGAAGUGUCAAAUGUUUCCAGCCAAAAGGGCUCAGAAUGUAAGAUAAGUUCCUUGAAGGAAAAGUACCCUGUUCAGCCUGCAUGCCACUGUGAAAAUCGAUGCUGGGAAAAGAUAGGGGAAGAUAGGAGGAAACAAAUCCAUAAUAUGUUUUGGUUCCUCACAGACUAUACAAAGCAGAAACUAUGGAUACAAAGGCAGAGAGUUGUCAGUAAAUGGUUUGCCUUCUCCUUAUCUUCUCGUACUUCCAGGUCUUAUCGUUUGGCAGAUGAGAAAGGUCGACUAAUUCAAGUGUGUAGUCAUUUUUUCUUGAGCACAUUAGGUUUGUUUUCCAACUUCUCAGUAUAUAAAAAAAACCCUUCUGUGUCUGAUGUAAAUUUGGACAUGUCAGCCAGCUGUCCAGUUGUAAAAUCAGAGGACAAUAUUAUUGCUCCAUCAUCUGUCAAGAAAACCAAGGUAAUUCAGAGAAGAAAACGGGAAGGCUUUGAAGUCUCCUUCUUGGAGCAGCACAUUCAGGGUUUUAUCCAGUCGGGCAAGAAUAUCCCUGGUCUCAGGAGAGAAGAGUCUUCCAAGGACAGCAGGGUAACCAUAAAAAACAUGCACCAAGACUUCUUAAGGACCCAUCCGGACGUGAAUGUUUCUUAUGCUACCUACAACAAGUUAUAUCACGAGCAAAUCAGUGCUUUCAAGGUUAGGCUUUUUGCUGGAAGCUCUGAUUCUGAGUUACUCAUUGAUGAUGCAUAUCAUAGUUCUGGAUAUGCUGGUGAAAGUCUUGGGAACACAGAAGGUGUGUAUGGAAAUUUAAGUAAUGAAGGUUCAGCCUCAGAUGCCACAGAUUUAGACAAAAAAUCAUCAGUGCCUGGAGAAAGCUUACUUCAAGCUCAGGUUCACCCUGAAGGUGGUUUCUCUAAGAAAAGAAGAUUGAGAAAUCUAAGUAAAAGUGUGAAUUACAAUGACAGUCUUGAUUUCCCCCUUUAUCAAGAGGAUUGUCGUCCUGUGAAAAAACGCUCAUGGAAAUUGGGUGAAUCAAUAGCUAAGUCUGUGUCCUUUUCUGAGUCAUUCGGAGUUUCUUCUAAAAAGAAAAUGAAACGUAUGGCAAACUCCAGUUCUUUAAAUGUUGAUAGAAGAACAAAUUCGACAGACAAUGGAACUCCUAAGCGGAAAAGGGGAAGACCUAGAAAGCAUCCUUACCCGGAGGUUGUUGACUUUCAGGAUGAUCGGGGUAACACUGAUGGAGAGGUCAAAGAACUGAGUUUUCGAAGUGAAAAAGAAAAGAAACAAUUCAGGAAAAGUUAUUUGGUAACUUCUGCUAAAAAGAAAAAUAAACACCCGAUUCUCCCUGCAUGUAAAUGUAAUAGGAGAAAAUGUUUUGAGAAAAUUCCUGAGGCUAGAAGAGUUGAAGUUCAUGAAACUUUCUGGAGCCUUAAAUCAUACAAUGAACGUAAAGAAUGGAUGCUGAAGUAUGUGCAAAGAUGGGAGCCACAGACUAAAAAACUUAUCCUGGUUCCUGGGCGAAAAAAUGAUUGCAGGAAAUAUUUCUUGCCUGAUCAGGAUGGCAAUCCAAUGAAAGUGUGUCGGGUGUUUUUCCUUCAUACUUUGGGAUUUAAAUGGGACAGAAUUGUUGAUGAAAUCAUCAAGACGGUGCCAAAAGAUCAGAUAGUUGUGAGGAAAGUUUGUAAGGAACUUAAGAAACCACAAAGGGAAAUGCCUGAGAUAGUUGUCAAAUCUGUGAUAGAUUUCUGGGAGGAGUCUGAGAAAAGGAAUACAGUCAAAGAAGAUGUGGGCAAGGAAGAAGUUAGUGCAGGCCAGACAAAGGAACCUGCAACAGUGAAGGAGAAAUCAGAUGGAGCAAAAGUGAGAAAGGUAUUUGAAGAAUACAGGGCCAAACAUAAAAACAUCUACCUCGGCUACCAUAAUUUUCGGAGGAUAUUGAGGGAUUUUUUGGAAGCUCAAUUUCAAAGUGCCAAUGUGGUGUCAGAAACAGGAGUGGGGGAUGUGAGAGAAGCAGUGGAUGAGACAGAGGAAUUUGAUGAGCUGGAGACAGUUAGUGAAAUACAACAGCCUCCUUCUCCAUCAAAAGGUCUGACUAAAAAGAAAACACAGGCUAAACCAAAGUCAUUGAAAGUGAAAAAAGAUUUCAGAAGGUCACAUAAAAAAGUCCCUGCUGCAGUAAUGAAGUGCGUGAAAGAAUUCUGGGAAACUGUUCAGGAGUCUUUAGCCUCGACACCACCUGUGAAGAAAUCUAAUCGAGGCCGCAAGCGUUUACACGAAGACAGGGAUCCUCCAGUUCCAGGAGGGAGAAAAGUCAAAGAUUUAUUUGUUGAUUUUCGAAUAAGGAACAAGAAUGUUUACCUUGGUUAUCACAAUUUUAGGCGUAUCUUGAGAAAUCUGGCUGGCCUGAAGUGUGGGCCUACUGAAGUUGAAUCGGAGCUUGUUCAGGAUGAGAAUGAGCCUGCCAGAGUGUUGAAAAAACCAAAGAGAAAGCUUCCAGAAUUAGUAGUUAAAAGUGUCAAGGACUUUUGGGAAUCCUCUCCAAUGUCUGCAAGUUCAGAAUCUGACAAAAGCAGUGAGGUAAGCAAAGUCAAAACUUAUAACAAAGAACCCCUCAUGCCGGAAGGUGUAGACAUUAAGAAAUUGUUUUCAGAGUAUAGGGCCAAGCACACCAAUAUCUAUCUCGGGUAUCAUAAUUUUCGCAGGAUUCUCAGAAGUAUUCUUAAUCCAGAUGUUGAGCGUAUUGAAAUCCUUGAUCCCAAUGAAAAUAAACGAUCAACCAAGAAGUCUACCUCUGGUAGCUCUAAGGGCAACAACAAGCAAAUCGGUUCAAAUGAAGUGAACAUGGCUGGUCCUGCUAAGCUACAAUUGGAAACCCAGGUCAAUCAGGCUGGUUUUGAUGCUACAGGUCUGGCAGAGGCACAUUUGAAUGACCAGAAUGUUGGUGGGUUUGAGAAUGCACAUUGCGCAAUGACCAGUUUCAAUUCAACCUUUGCAAUGUGUCAUAAUGAGUUAAAGGGCAAUGAUGAUUGUAUUCUUGAUGUUGGAAGUGGACUGUUAAAGCGUAAAGGUUGUAUGGAUACCACCAUCAACUCAGAAGGCCCGGGUUUUCCUGUAUCCACAUUUAAGUGCAGAAAGCGGAAGAAUCCGUCUGUGAGGAAUAACAAAAGCAACUACCCCAUGUUGCCACCAUGUAACUGUACAAAGAGAAAAUGUCAUCUAAAGAUUCCAGAGGUACGCAGGAGAGCCAUUCAUGAAAUGUUUUGGGGUCUUGCAGGCUACAAUGAGAGGAAGCAGUGGAUGUUGGAGAACAUCAAGAGAACAGACAUCAAACGUCGUGUAGUUUUCUAUGAUGAAGGCAAACCUAAGAAGCAUGAAAGCCGCUGGUAUUACCUUCCAGAUGUAGAUGGAAAACCUUUGGAAGUGUGCAAGGCUUUCUUCCUCAGAACUCUUGGCUACAAGUGGGAUAGUGUCAUAGACACCAUAGGCAAGACCACGCCAAAAGGUGAAACAGUUGCUGCUCCGGACAGACGGGGCCGUAGACCCCCAGCCCACAAAAUCUCUGAAGAGGCUAUUGCCUCUAUGACUCAGUACAUUGAGUCAGUAUGUAGGUCUUCUCGUUGUUUCCAGCCUCAGAAAGGCCAGAAGAAAAAUAAAACUCCCAAUAUGAUACCGUACGGUUUGACCAUGAAACAUCUUUUUGAGGAUUAUAAGUCUAAGCAUCCUAAUCAUAAGUAUGGAUAUGAAAGUUUUAGAAAGGUUUUCCGCACAGUCAAGGCAGAUUGGAUUCAAAGUUUGCCAGAAGGACACAGCCAGGAUGAGCCUGAGCCAUCUUUUCCCACCGGCGAUGACUCGAUGGAACAGGACUACCCUGUCGUAACUGAUGUUGCUGAGGAUGUAGAUGACUUUCAGCCGGUGUCUACAGAGGUUAUUCAUGUCCCUCAGAGUGCUUCAUAUUCCAGUAUAGCUCAGUACACAUCACACCAGGAAGGGCUGGCUCCCGAGACAGUACCACUGGUACAAGAGAGAAAGAGCUGUCUCUACCAGUACUCAUCGCCAACACUCAAUCCUAUUCAGCACCCUUCCUCUGGCCAGCACCAUCAGCCCCACCACCAGCCCAGUCACAGCUCCCACCCGCCUCAUCAGCAUCAUCAUCAUCAUCAUCACCCUCAUCCUCAUAUUCAUCCUCACCAGGACCCUCACUCUGUUGCUGUCCAUGAUGUUGCUCAAGUGGCUCACAAUUCUGGUGUGAGUGAGCACUACCGGCCCAUGGAUAAUGAGCAGUUCAUGAAGUACAAUUUGUAUAACAAUAACUCCCCCUCAACCCCAGGGGCCACGGGACACUUCCAGCCCAUGUCUGCAGCAGAUUCUCUUGCUUUUAAUCCUGGCAGUCGUCCUGACAUAGAUCCCUCCACAUCAGGUGGUGGUCAGUUCCCGUCCUACCUGAUGCCCAGCCCAGAACCGUUCCGCAGGCAGGUCUACCACCACAUGGCCUCACAGUAUCAUUCAAUUUUGCACCACAUUGCAGAGUCCAACAGAUUCUUCAACUACAACGGUCUCCCACCAUCUACAGAAGGCAACUUCCAAAUGGGACAAGAGAAGAUUGCUCCUUUUGGGAAUAGGCAGGACUUCCCCAGGGAUAGCCAGAUCCCUAGUCAGAAUCAGAAUCAUUUCCCUCACCUGAAACACCCUCAGGGAUAUGUACAAGAGGUAUUACCCAUGCAAGGUCAAUUCUUGGACCCAAACUUUCAGCCACAUGUACAGCAACAGGAAGGCAGCAGUAUGGACCUGGCCUCCUAUUCUGAUGAUAAUGAAAGCGGCUAUAUUCUUGAAAACCCUGAAAUGCUUGGGAAAGAGCGAGUGGAAGGUUCACAGCAUCUGGUUACCCUUCCCGUUCCGGAAAAGGAGAAGGGAAAGAGUAGUAAGAAGUCUCCUCGUAAAAAGAAAGGUGAGACGAAAGUGAAGGUGAAGCGAGAAAGAAAGAUUAAGGUGAAGUCGGCUCGCAACAAUGGUGAGCAUUAUCCCAUGCUUCCAGCCUGUAACUGCAAGAAAAAGAAGUGUUCAGAAAAGUUUCCCGAAGAAAAACGACAGCAAAUUCAUGACAUGUUCUGGAAACUUGAAAACUACAAUGUGAGAAAGCAGUGGAUGCUGGAGAGAAUUGAGAGGACUGACCCAAAAAGAAGAAGAGAAAUCAUCGGCAACUUCAAGAAAGGCGAGUCUAGGUGGUACUUCUUACCAGAUGAUGAGGGAAAAAAUGUGGAGGUGUGCAAAACAUUUUUUCUGCACACUCUCGGGUACAAAUGGGACAGUGUUAUUGACACCAUUCGAAGGACGAUUCCGAAAGGAGAAAAAGUGAGUAAGCCUGACCAGAGGGGACGUAAGCCUCCAGCUCACAAGUUGCCUGUCUCAGUUAUACGCUCAGUUAUCCAGUACAUAGAAUCCAUGCAGCAGGCAUCAGAACUUCAUCCCAAAGCUGACAAGGACACAAAGAAGGAAAAGUCUGGGGAGGCUGUCCCUAACAGUGACAGCGCCAGUUGUUCCCAGAUUGUUAUUCCCUAUGGUUUGACUAUGAAAGAUUUAUUUGAUGACUACAAGGCUAAGCAUGCAGGGCAUAAGCUGGGUUAUGAGAGUUUCCGCAGACUGUACAGAGCUGUUUCAAAUUCUGAGCAGAUUCUAAUGGACAACGGUCAAACUGGGGAGGAGGCUUUGUUGAAUCCAGAUGGAGACCAACUUGUUACCUUCUAAACAUGUGGAAAUAUGUACUAUGAGUUGUGUAUUUGUCCCAUUACUUAGUUAACACUGUCCGUACGCCUGUGGUUGUAUUCUUCACAUUUUAGAACACUUCUAGUGCGAAGAUCUCAAAAAAUCAUUUUGACAGACUGCUAUGCAAACGGAUCUGACUAACGAGCAAAUUUCCUCUUUGGAAAGUGAUGGCACAGAGUUCCCCACAUCAUAUGGAUACGAUAGUAAAACUCGACAUACGGAUAGGGUUAACUUUGUCUGAGUAUUUUUGUUACAGAUUGUCUUAUCAUAAUCUAUGAUGUUACCAUGUACAGGCUGUGUUACUAUUUUUACUGGUUGAUGAUUGAUUUAGUUUUAUGCGAGUGGUUGAAGGGGGGGCUCUAGUCUUGUCUGUUCCUUUUUCUUUUCAGUGUCAUAUUAUUUGUAUGAAAUGUUAUUUUUCUGUCCAGCUAUGUGUACAUCUGUUAUGCUUGCCUCAGGGCCUAAAUGCAACGCUGCAGAUGCUGGACUUUUUUUCUUUCCUUGAUCUUUUUAUUUUUUGUAUUUUUUAAUGGUUUUAAAUAAGAGUUUUGUUGCCCUACAAGGUAUAACUUGGUAUUUUCAGUCAGUCUUGAGAUGAAAAAUAUACCAUGUAGGCUACUAGAUAGAAUCAAUGUGUACUUCUAAUAGGCUCAUAUGAAAUUGGAAUUUUCUUUGAUCUACCACCGAUUGGUCAGAUCCCAUUUUCAUUUGUUUUGGUAUACAAUGGGUUCAAGUAUGAUAGUUAAUUUGCCCCGAUGAAGUUGUUUAUUUGAUUGACUUCAACGAAGGUUGUCUACAAAUUUGAUCUUAACAAAUUAUAAAUAAUCACCUGAAUCCCUGCCCCACUUUGUCAGUUCUCUGAAGUGUUUUACCCCCCCCCCCCAUUGACACAAAUUAGAUCAUGAAAGAGACGAGUUGCUUCAACUGCUUCAACCUUUCCUGUCAGACUGAGUGGUCUGCAUCAUCCCAGCAGAAAGAUACUUAAUUAAAAACUUCCUGACCCAGUAGCGAACUCAUGUCUUCUAUAUAUGCAAAGAUGAAGAGCCUAACUGUAACACUACAGAUGCUAUUAUAUGUUUGUUUGGUUUUGAUGUCAGAUGUUUGAUCUGUUGUCACAAAUGUCAAUCAAUGUCACUGUCAGGCAUCCUUACCACCUCCCCCCCCCUCCCCCAGUGUCCAAUUAGAGCGAAAGUUGAGACUACCCAAGGUGCCUGGGUGCAUGUUUGCAAUGAAAGAUAGUAACUUCCUCAUUUGUUUUUUAAGCAGUGCACUGACAGUGACUCCAGUCAUAGAUGAAUGUUUUGUGUAUGAAGACGGGAAAUUUUUAGCCAGAGCAGUUUUUCUUUGGCAAAACAGUUCAAAAUUUUCUUAUGUUUUAUUUGUAGUAUGCAAGGUAGCAAAGAGCUCGCUGAAAGUGAAAUCCAUAACCAAGGUUUUCAUAUCGUCCUCAAGACACAUAUAUAUAUAUGAAAAAUAUCAGGACCAAGGAUAAUUUCAUUGUGAAUGAAAAUUAUUUUAUAUAUUUUUCUCCAUUUCCGUUGUACAAAUGAAUCAACUCUACUAUAAUGUAAUACAAGAUAAUCAGAAUUUAAACAGUCUACUGUGGAGCAUUUAGAGCUGACUGUGAUUCAGUUUGAUCAGUAGGUGAAAUCGUAUAGUACAAGUUUUACGGGUUUUAGUUUGCCUAUAUAGAUCUUACUUGAACUUGAAGUAUUUCUUCUUAACCUAGAGUCGUUUUGAUGACCAAAUGCAUUGUCUUGACAACCAAGUGUGUUGUGUUCAAAUAAUGAAAUAUUUCUGUUUCUAGCAGAGCAUCAGGUGUUUGUCUUUGUCUGUUAUGCCUUUCUUAGAAUAUUUUGUAUAUUCUAUUACCUCUUUAAAACAAACAAAUUUUGUAAAUAUUGACUCUUUUAUUUUGUAGACCUGUAUUUGAUUUACUUUUUGUCUCAUAACUUUUGAUUCUUAUUAGGUUAUUGAUUUUCAUAACCCGUUAACAUCUGUUUGGUUAUUUUAGAUUUUGGGAUUGAAUCAUUGUUGAUGGUUUUUCUGUGAUCUGUUAAUAGGUAUAGCCUACAAUUUUUAAAACUGGUUUGAAUACAUUUUUUACCUGGCCUUCCAUCACUGGGAUUUGUUUUUGGUGUGUAUGCCCAUGUUUAUAUAUAAUAUGCUUUGGGAAUUGUUAUUUUGUCAAGAGAGAAGAGAUAUAUUUGCUUGUUGGGGGUCUUUUUAUUGCCUUUUUUUAUCAGAUUCUGGGUACUUCAAGGGGCACUGCAAAUGAAUAUCUUGGUGGGAUCUCAAACGAGUUGAAUUAUUUUGUGUUGCUUAAUGUCCUUAGACAAUAUGAUAACCAGUGCACAUUGCAGAAAGUGUCGUCACAUCCUGAUUUGUUAUGGUUUGAUGAACAGUUGAGGGUGGCCAGGUUUUUGUUUAUUUUGACAUAAUUUGAUCAACAGCAAUUGAUGGGCUCCAGUUUGAUGAAACUGUGGCCAACGGCCAAUUACAAGGCUACUACGCAUAAUAGGAUCAGAUCUUUUGAUUGCACACAGAAUGUGAUAGGCUCCAACGGACAAUAGGGCCAUACAUGAUGAAGCAAAGCGGAGGUUGAUUUGAUUUAUAUAGUGUGCAAUAGCUGGAAGCAUUACUCUACUGGAACCGAAUUGGCCAUGCUUUUGACCAAUGGAUAUCUGUUAUAAUUUCACUACUGAAAAUAAAAUCAGGGGAGGUGUGAUUGUUCAACUGAUUCAGCAGAUAAUUUUGACUUCGGACGCAAAUAAUUUGUUACCACUCUGUGCCUUCACGGGUGGUCUCACAAAAAGCUAAUAAAGAAAUAUGGGAUAAAACCAUGUGUGUGCAAUACAAAAAUUUCAGAAUAAAAAUACUAUUCAAUGUCACCAGAAAACAGGGAUGAAAUGUAAGUGGUAUGGAAAAAAGAAGAGAAGAAAGUGAUGAGUAGAAAGGGUGCAAAGAGCAGCUCUGUGUCAAAACACAGGAGACAGUCAGCCGCUGUGAGCAGUGCUGCGGGCUGAAUCAAUUAAUACUUUAUGACACUAGGUUCUUGAAUGCAUUGUGUGCAUGCAAGCUGUGAUGUGUAAAUCAGAAAUUUUGUGAGGAAUUUUUUGUAAUUCAGUGUCAAAGUCAUGAAUUAACAAAUCUUGACCCUUCCUUCUGCCAUCAUACUUAUCUCCUGUAUGUAGGCUAUGUAGUAUGCCUUAUGUAAUUGAAGUGUGUAACCUCCUUUCCACCUCUCUUGCUCCCUCCCUCCAUCACCCCCUCCCCCCUCCCAUGCCCCCUUCCUCACCCCCUCGCAUUCCUCCUACCUCCUCUCUACCCCCCACCAGUCUUUCUUCCUUUCCUUUUCCCUUCUCUUUAAUGACUCGUAAUGUUCAUUAUUUCUUUUUACAAUUUUUGUUCCUUUCCUAUGAAGUCCUAUAAUAACUAUAACGCACAACUCUGUGGAUGGCAGUCGAUGUUCCAAUGAGUUUUUCAUUCCAACUUAAUUUACAGAGUACAUGAUUCAUUGUGGUUUAAGUCCAUUUCAUGUAUGUAGAAGUCCUUCCAUAAUUCAUCAACAUUUUCAUUUAUCAAGUUGGAGUAUUUUGUGUUACUGGGUUCAUUUGUAUCAGUACGCCCGUUCUCAUAAAUUCAUUUUUGUGUUUCUGUACUUCUGAAACGUAUACCCAAAACCAUGCUGUUAUUGUAGAUUUUUACAUUAUAACUAAACUGAACGGAUCAUAUUUUUAUAUUUUCUUGUUAGUUUCCUUAUAUUAUACUUUUGCACUCUGACUUUUAAUAGAAACGUUUACGCUUUCGCUUCCAAUGGUGAUUACUGGUACUAGUGUCACCCAUACGUACAUGUUUGAUGAUAGAAUAUCGAGCAGGAUACAAAGAGGCUCAUUGAAUUGUAUGAUGUAUUGCUGUUGGAAAAUGUUUGCCCUAAUGGAUUGCAAAACAUAAUGUAGUGUACAUAUGUUCAUAAAUACAUACGGUUGUAUCAUAAACCAAUGGUAAAAUCAUUAAAGGUCUCACAUUAUUUUAUAAGAAA